AUUUAUAGUUGCGUUCGGAAGCUGUCGCAGCUCAGUCCGCAAGAUUCAUUGCAUCUAAUAACAAGUGACAUAGUUUUAAUUACAAAAUAGAUUCACAAAAGAUGAUGAUGAAAUUCGUGAUUGGAUUGGCUGUUGUGGGCUUGGCUCUUGCAGCGCCUGGUCGCGUGCAGAAGACUUUCGAGGCUUCGGUCAGUGCAUCUGGAGAUCAGGGUCCUAUUAGUUAUGAGAAUGGAAACGUUGGUGUGAACGUAGCAGGAUUCCAUGCUUCCGCAGGAUUGGGAGGUCUUCUGACUGGAGAUUCUACCAAAGGUGGACUUCAUGCUGAAGCAGGAACGCCUUUUGGGCAUGAAGCUGCCGCAGGACUCGGAGGAUCCGUGGACGCAAAUGGACACAGUGGUGGUGCUCUUUAUGCUGGGGCCACUGCUGGUGGAGGGAUUGCCGCUUCUUCGGGAAUUGAAGGUUCUGCUGCUUACGGACAUAAAACUAUCCAUCGUCAAACACAGGUUCUUUCUGAGAAAACUGUCACUGAAUCGCCUAAGGUGAUUUCCGAAAUGACCUACCAGGAAGCCCCCGUCGUCCAUAGAACUGUCAUCGAGAAAACUGUCAUUCCUCAGUACGUCGAGAAAACCAUUCAAGUCCCCAGUUACGUGGAGAAAACCAUCAGAGUUCCGACCGUCGUCGAACACAAGGUUCGUGUCCCUGUGACACCCAAGAUUGUUGAGAAGACUUAUGAUGAAGAUACUCAAGUUCAGAAAUACGCUAAACCUGCAGCUUCCUUCCACGCCAGUUUCAAUUCAAAUGUAAAUGGUGGAGCAGGUGUAUCUGGUGAAAAGGUAGCUUUAGUUGAAAGACCAACUGCUGUAGUUCACAAGCAAUACAGUGGACCAGGAUUGUUCGGUUUGUUUGGAGGUGGAUUCAGAGCUGGAGCUGCUGGAGGUUUCGGCGCUUCAUCGGCCGGUGGCUAUGCAGGAUCAGCACAUAGGCAAUCCUUUUUCAACGACGUCUUCAACAUUCCGAUUGCCACACUUGGCGCCGUUAGCAAUCUUCUAGGUGGAAUCCAUGGAGGAGGUUCAUUAGCCGUGUCGAAAUCUUAUGGAGUGCAUUAAUAUACGUUCAAUAAUUGUAUGGCAAUACAAUAUUAUUUUCAACUGUUCUAUAAUAUUUAUAU